AUGAACCGGAGUUUCCACAAGUCUCAGACCCUGCGCUUCUACGACUGCAGCGCGGUGGAAGUCAAGAGCAAGUUUGGGGCUGAAUUCCGGAGAUUCUCCCUGGACCGGCACCGACCAGGCCGGUUUGAGGACUUCUACCAGCUGGUGGUACAUACCCACCAACUUGCCAGUGCCGACGUGACCCUGGGCUACGCGGAUGUGCAUGGGGACCUGUUGCCCAUCAAUAAUGAUGACAACUUCUGCAAGGCAGUGUCCAGCGCUUGCCCUCUGCUGCGUGUCUUUGUCCAGAAGCGAGAAGAGGCAGAUGGCUGCAGCUUCGGGGCAGGCGCACUGUCCAGGAAGAGGCGCAUGCUGGCCGCUCUGCGAGAGGAGGGCCUGCGCCGCCGCACGCCCCCUGCCAUCGGCCUGCCGCGCGACUUCCGACCUGUGUCCUCCAUCAUCGACGUGGACAUCCUGCCCGAAACACACCGCAGGGUGAGACUGUACCGGCAUGGCUGCGAGAAGCCACUGGGCUUCUACAUCCGGGAUGGCACCAGCGUGCGGGUGACCGCGCAGGGCCUAGAGAAGGUCCCGGGCAUCUUCAUCUCACGCAUGGUGCCUGGUGGUCUCGCUGAGAGCACUGGGUUGCUGGCUGUCAACGACGAGGUGCUGGAGGUGAAUGGCAUCGAGGUGGCAGGCAAGACGCUGGACCAGGCCACAGACAUGAUGAUCGCCAACAGCCACAACCUCAUCAUCACCGUCAAGCCAGCCAACCAGCGCAACAAUGUGGUACGCAGCAGUCGCACAUCCGGCAGCUCCGGCCAGUCCACUGACAGCACGGCCAGCCCGCAUAGCCUGCCCCCGGCGCACGUGCUACAGAACUUUCACCCGGACGAGAUGGAGAGUGACGAGGAGGCGGACAUUGUCAUUGAGGGCGCACUGGAGCCCCCACCCACACCCCGGACACAGCUAGGCAGCCUGACCCGUGUCAACGGCACUGGCCUGGCCCAGCGGCUGACCAGAGACCUCGCCCUCUGCAGCUCGGGUCGUGAAGCCAAUGGCAGCAUCCACAGACUGUUGAGCUCCCUUAAAGCUGACCCCCGGCACAGUCUGGCGCUGCCUCCAGGGGGUGUGGAGGAGCAUGGGCCUGCAGUCACUCUCUAG